AAAAAAAAAUAAUAAUAAAAAAAAAAAAAAAAAAAGAAUCUUAUGAUUUACAAAACCAUUUUUUUGUUUUUACUCCUCCUCUCCUUCUUUCAUUACGCUUCUGUUAAUUCUUUUUUUGACUGUAAAUAUUUUAAAAUCAUAUAAAUAUCUCUUCAAUUCCCUCAAAUUUUAUUUAAUUUAUUUAAUCUGCUAUAAUUGAUUUUUCUUUUGAUAUUUCAAUUCAAUUAUUUUCAUAUAAUCAUAUAAUUAUACAUAUAUACAAUGGGUAUUAAAGAUACAGUUAAAAGAGCUUCCAAGAUCUUCUCUUCUGAAGAUGCUUCUAAAAUAGCCGAUGCCACCAAAUCUACUGAAACUGAAACUGCCACCAAAGUUGAAGAACCAGUUGAAGCUGCCGUUGAAGGUGAAACUCCAGCUGAAGAACCAACUGCUACUGAAACUGAAGUAGUUCCUGAAGUUGAAGCUGAUGCUAAAAAAGAUGUCACUGAAGCUGAAGCUGAAGCCGCACCAGAAGCCACUGAAACUGAAGCUGAAACUGAUAUUAAAGAUGAAGCUCCAAAAGAAGAAUCUACGGUUGAUAAAUUAGCUAAAGAAGCUGAAGCUGAAGUUAAAGAUGUUGCUACUAAAGUUGAUAAAGCUAAAAGAAGUGAUUUCUUUAAGAAAUUAGUGGCUAGAUUUAAAAAACCUGCUGUUGCUACUAAAUAAAUAAAGUAAACCUUUAUUUAUUAAUCUAAAUGUAUUUUGUUUCUAUUAUUAUUAUUUUUAUUAUUAUUAUUAUAUAUUUUUACGGUUGAUAACCUAUCUAUUUUAAUUACUACUACUAUUUAUCCUUUUUAAUUUUUAAUACACUUUUACUUCAAAAGAUAUUUUAGAAUGU